AUUUCCGGGUAAACGGGAGCCCGGGUGACCGGGCUUCUGUGAAACAUGGCGGUCGGCUGGGACCGUAGCACAAGGAAAGAAUGAGUAUAAAUUGAAAGAUGGAAGAAGGAUCAGUCUUGGUGCUGUUACUGCUAAGCAGCAUGACUAUAUGAAAGAAGAAGAAGGUUUUCCUGAAGAUGAGGCGACUGAAUCGGAAGAAAACCUUAAGUUUGGUGAAAGAGUUGGAUGCCUUUCCGAAAGUUCCUGACAGCUAUGUAGAGACUUCCGCCAGUGGGGGUACAGUUUCUCUAAUAGCAUUUACCACUAUGGCUUUAUUAACUAUAAUGGAAUUUUCAGUAUAUCAAGAUACAUGGAUGAAGUAUGAAUAUGAAGUAGACAAGGAUUUUUCUAGCAAAUUGAGAAUCAAUAUAGAUAUUACUGUUGCCAUGAAGUGUCAGUAUAUUGGAGCAGAUGUAUUGGAUUUAGCAGAAACAAUGGUUGCAUCUGCAGAUGGUCUAGUUUAUGAACCAGCAAUAUUUGAUCUUUCACCACAGCAAAAAGAGUGGCAGAGGAUGCUACAGCUGAUUCAGAGUAGACUGCAAGAAGAACAUUCACUUCAAGAUGUGAUAUUUAAAAGUGCUUUUAAAAGUACAUCAACAGCACUUCCACCAAGGGAAGAUGAUUCAUCACAGCCUCCAGAUGCUUGCAGAAUUCGUGGUCAUCUAUAUGUCAAUAAAGUAGCAGGGAAUUUUCACAUAACUGUGGGCAAGGCAAUUCCACAUCCCCGAGGUCAUGCACACUUGGCAGCACUUGUCAACCACGACUCUUACAAUUUUUCUCACAGAAUAGAUCAUUUGUCUUUUGGAGAGCUUGUUCCAGGAAUUAUUAAUCCUUUAGAUGGAACUGAAAAAAUUGCAUUAGAUCACAACCAGAUGUUCCAAUAUUUUAUUACAAUCGUGCCAACAAAACUGCAUACAUAUAAAAUUUCAGCAGACACCCAUCAGUUUUCUGUGACAGAAAGGGAACGUGUCAUUAACCAUGCUGCAGGCAGCCAUGGAGUCUCUGGGAUUUUUAUGAAAUAUGAUCUCAGCUCUCUUAUGGUGACAGUUACUGAGGAGCAUAUGCCACUCUGGCAGUUUUUUGUAAGGCUUUGUGGUAUUGUUGGAGGAAUCUUUUCAACAACAGGCAUGUUACAUGGAAUUGGAAAAUUUAUAGUCGAAAUAAUUUACUGUCGUUUCAGACUUGGAGCCUACAAACCCGUCAGUUCUGUUCCCUUUGAAGAUGGCCACACAGACAACCACUUACCUCUUUUAGAAAAUAAUACACAUUAGCACCUCCCAAGUAAAGGAGAAAAACUUUUUGCCUGAGACGUGAAACCUUUUUUAAUAAUAAAAUAUUGUGCAAUAUAUUCAAAGAAAAGAAAAUAUGAAUGAGAAGCAGGAAUCACCCUAGGGGGGAAAAAAAAAAGAAAAAAACCCAAACUGAAAUCCUAUAUGUGUUGUGUCUCUUACAAAUGUCCUAGAAGAAAUUAUGCAGCUAAUCUAAUCAGUGAAUAAGCCCACUGGAAUAUUGCGUUGAAGAUGACCCCUUCUGAUAUUUUCAUAGCAAAUGGCAGUAUCGAAAUCAAACCUUGCUUCUUGAUGACAAAGAGCCUGAAGGAAGAAGUCAAACCACAUCUAAAGAAAAUGGCAUUGAUAAGUGCAAAUGUUUGCAUCUGUUUGUUUUUAAAAGAUAUGAUGUCAGAAUAAAAUAUGUAAAACAUGUGGAAAACUAGUCUAGACUUUAAAAAGUGUGGUCAGGUCCCAUUGUUAAUAAAGGAAGAGAGGGAGGGGUCCCUGUGUUAUAGCCAUAUGACUGUUAAGCCAUAACGACAAGACCAUUUAUCCAAUAAUUCAGUUUUAGGAUGGUUACUGCUUUUUUUUAAACUCUGGCGAUUGACUUUUCUGAUCAGGGCACGGUCAUGAAAGACUAAGGUGAAUUCUUACAGGGGCAGGUACAUAGAUGCUAUAAUACGUAACAGAGAUAUCAUUUACAAAUUAUAUAGUGGGCACUUAUACAGGGAGAAGAAAGCACAUGUUUAAAAAAGAUGCUAAGUUUCCUAAUCUGAUCCUUAUUAUUGGUAUACUUUGGGAGCAGGGGGUGAGUAAUAAAAAGAUCCACUACUAAUGAUGAAAAUUACCAGUCUGUAAAAGAUUAAGAGGAUAAGUAGCAUAUUUUGUAUGUGUUAUGGUGAGUGGGCAACAGGGUAACUUUAAAUAAAAUAGACGUAUGAGGCAAAUAUUUAAGUAAGACAAGAUAAUGUCGGAUCUGAGAGAUUAUAAUAUUAAACAAUGUCCGUUAAACUGUAAAACUGUAUUAUGAAAGAAGUGUCUGCAUUCAGAAUGUCCUGAAUGUGAUUGAUUUUGUAUUAGAUUGUGUUGGUCUAGCUUUCUUACUAUUUAAGGAUUGAUUUUAAAUUUAUAGACUAUAAAAGACUGAAAAUAAUGAGAGGGGUAUAUCACUCAGGUGCUGUUAAAAACUAAAUUUGGCAUAUGUGUGCCAAUAUCAUUUUUCCUUUUGUAAUACUUAAUGAUAGUAGAAGAAUCAUCAACCAAUUCUCAUGGUUUAAGUCAUUUAGGGAAAUGGGGAGACAAAAUUCCAGGUAAGUAACAAGGCCAAGAUUAAAAGACAAGAUUUAAAAUGGUGGUUUUUUGAGAACAGGGCAUCACAAGUUAGAGUUUUUCAAAUUGCAUUCUUUUAAAAGGUAAAAGAAAAGUCAAACAGUUGGGGCAGAUAAUGUAAUGGAGAGAAGGAGAAAUACUGAUAAAACUACUUUUCAUUCAAGCUUAUGUGGAAUGGUAUUUUGCAGAUAAUAACAGAAGUAUCAUUGUUUAAGAUAUACAGUUUAUCAUUGAGCCAUUAAAUUAACUGAUUAAUAUAGGUAACAAACAUGCUUUGAAAGGUUUUGAAUUCAGAAAAUUCCAAAUAAUGAAUGGCUGUCUCCGUAUUUCUGAUUUCUUUUCUUCAGAUAUUAUUUCCAAUGAAGGUAGACUAGGAAAAGGAAUUUUAAUUAGAGAGAAUUAAAAUUUUAGCUGUUUUAGACUGAAUGUCGGUUCUGUGAAUCUGCUUGUCAGAAAGUUCAAUUAAGUUUCAGGGGAUUUUUAAAAUAGGAGGAAGAAUAUUGAUUUAGAAUUAUUUUCUUUCAGUUAGGAUUGUAACAGUUAAGUAUCUUUAAGAAGGAUUUUAAAAAUUAUUCUGGUACUUAUAUAUGAUUUUUAAUUGUUUCCGUGUUUUCCAAAUACCAUAUUAAAAUUUUAAUGGAAUUAAUCCGUCCCAUUAAAACUGACUAUAAAAGGAAUUUCUUUGAAGCACAAUCCUACUUUGCCAUUGAUUUCCAUUUUAUAAGUUAAAAAAGGUUUCCACCUGAAACUCCUCAAAUAGGGUCAGAUUUUGGGCAAUCAAAGUACUAAGAUUCUGACCAGCCCUUUGUAUGAUGAAUGAUGAAGUAUACUUGCAUGUUAGGAUUUAUUAGGAGUUUUUGACCUCACCAAGUGUUUCUUUUCUGUUGCAGAGAACAGUGUACUGGCCUAUUAGGUAGCCUUGGUGUGUGCCUGUGGUGCCUCCAGUAGGAUACCCAACUUUAUUACUCAAUCCUCUUUAUUUUAUUAGGGCAUUCAUAAUAUAUAUGUAUACAUAUUCCAUCCUAAAUAUUUUUAAGAGUUGAGAUCUCAAGUUAUGUGAAAUGUGUUUUUUUUAAACUGUGUUUGCAUAUAUUGGCCUAUAAAAGGAGAUGAAACGUUUAGGUGAAUAAUUCUCUGCUACAGUAUUUGUACACCUCAGACUACCUCUUGGUAAAAGCUUAACUCAAUAUGAGAAAUACAAAAUUAUUUCUAAUUCUCAACUUAGGUGAUUAAUAACUACAUUUUUCUUAUAUACAUUUUAUGAUAUAAAGCACUGAAUUUUUAUAAUAAAUAAUUUACUAAUGCAGACAAAGUUUACAAUCUUUGAUACUAACUUAACUUUGGAAUUCAUAAAGGAAUGACUAAGAUCUCCUAAUUUUUUAACGGUAUAAGUAGACAUAUGUUAUGCAUUGUCUUUUUAUGUCUUAGGUUAGUAAUUCAAGUAACAAAAAGUAAAUUUAUAUGCAGCCUCCUUGCUUCAAAAUUUAAAAUUUUGAAUCUUAAACUUCAGUUCGAGAUGCAUAUUUUUGAAUGUUCAAAAAUUACUUAAACAUGAGCCUUAGGAUCUUUAAAAUCUCAUCAUGCCCUUUAACCUAGUACUUAAGUUCCUCCCUUUCUGUUUGGAGCUGUAGCAAACCUUCAAAGUGAGUCACCUUUUGUCAGCACUGUCCAAAUAGAUCACUAUUUGUUCACUACCUUAUGGUAUGAUGCCUGGAGUAAUAUCCAAGUUAUUUCUUUAUUGUAGUUCCCCCCACCCCUUUUGAAAUAUUUUAGUGACAAUAUCACUUAGCAUUAUAUUAAGAGUAGGAAACAAACUGCCUUGGAUUUUUUGGGUUUCUUGUAGUUUUUUUAUUGUGUUGUUUUAAGAGAAAAAAACCACAAAACACUCAUUUAGUGUCUCAAUCCUGAACAUUUGGACUCUAAAUAAAAUAAAUUGUACAACAACUUCUUUGUCCCUUUACGAUCAUGUACCCCCAAAUAAGCCUCAGUUCCUCAUAUUUCAGUUUCUUGUUCCUUCUAGGAAAACUACAGCAAUCUUUAUCACUCAGUUACAUUUCCUUUGCUUCAGAUGGAGCUAAAUUGCUGUAUGAGAUUGGAUUUAGUCUAGAUUUUUCGUGUUAUGAAUGGACGAGUGAUGAAAAUUGAGCAGUUGACUCAAGUUUAUAAACCUGUAAGAUUAUAAUCAGCAAAACAUUUAAUAGUUUUGUUUCAGCAACUCCCAAGUUGUACUGGAUAUUUAUCAAAAGAAAUUAGAUGAAUAAUUCUUCCAAACAUCGUAACUCAUUUAUGCUAUUUGUGUAAUAAUUUUAAGGUAAAACUCAGAAUGAGAAGGUGUUGGGGGAAAGUGUACAUUGAUGAAAGCUACAUACUAAAGCAGACCUUCAGCAACACGGCAUAUAAUUAUGUAAUGAAUAUUUUGUAAAUUCUGUUUCCAAGCAACUAUGCAAGUCAAUUUGGUGAUUUCUUGUAUUAUACUUACCUUUAAUUUCUUUAAGAUGUUUUUCUAGGAUUGAUGAAAGUUCCCCAACCCCACAUCUCCCCAGCCGAUUCACAGUUCCAGCUUGGAACUGCUAUUUCAAAUAAAGUAGGGACACACCUAAAAUGUUUUCCUGUGUGUUAAGAGCUGUUUCUAGCUAUUAAAACUCAAUUUCAGUUAA